CUCUCUCCUCCAUCACUGCUUCUUUCUCUCUCAGAUGUUCCGACCAUGGCCGGUGCUUUCCUCAGGGCUAAAGCCCAGCCACCCCUGCCCAUCCCUCAGCCGCGGCGAGCUUCGAAAGGUCGCCUUUGGUGCAUGAGAAACCUUCAAAUUUUAGUAGAGUCUUUCUAGUUUCUCUACUGGACACCUUUGGUGCGAUGCCAAAAGCCAAUCUGAGUCUGGAUCUCGUUUUUCUUCCUAUACAUUCCUAUAAAUGUUAAAUCUGCUUCUUCAGAUUUCAUGCUCAAAGAAAAAGUAGAUAUCUGGGAUUUGGGUUGACACAGAGAUGGCCAAAAGAUUGAGUUUCGCAGCUCUUCGUCAGCAGGAGCUGUACAAAAAUAACAUUCAAGGAACUAUUCCAGCUGAGCUUGGUAACUUGAAGAGCCUCAUUAGCUUGGACUUAUAUAACAACAACAUAUCAGGGACCAUUCCUUCUUCAUUGGGGAAAUUGAAAUCACUUGUGUUUUUACGUCUCAAUGAUAACAAGUUAACUGGACCAAUCCCGCGGGAUCUUGUUGGUAUUUCAAGCCUCAAAGUUGUGGAUGUAUCCAACAAUGAUUUAUGUGGAACGAUUCCUACCAGUGGACCAUUUGAGCACAUCCCUUUAAACAAGUAGGUCACUUCUAUCAUU